UUAUAAAAAAUAUAUUAAUUUUUUAACUUUGAAAAUUAAAAGAUAUCAAAACUAAAUUUCAUUUCUGAUGAAUUUAAAAUAUCUUAUUUUACAUUUAUGUACUUUACAUUUAUGUACUUUAGCCCCUCUUCUUCAAUCUGUAAUAGAUGCUUCAACCAACUUCUUCACAAAUCAAACUCAGGGUAAACCGUUAGAUGUUAUUAUCUCGUUUUGCAAGAUUUGUGUGGGAAUCCUUAGUUCAGAUCUAAGAAAAAAGUUCCAGAAAGCAGGAACAGUAGGACUGGUUCAAAGAGUAAUGGUUGCAACUGCACUCCUCUACGAUUAUCUUAGUGAUACAGGUUUAUUUGUAAAAGAUUCUCCGAUUAAUGUGAAACAAAUUGUUCACAUUUUACAGUUGGAAGCUGGUCUAGGAAUCAGGAGACAUGGUAGUUUUGGUAGUAAGGAUCAAGACGAGCUGACCGCCAAGCUACAAACAGUUGACCGAACCAGUCUCAAGGAAUUACAGGUUCAGGCCAAAAACCUGUUGAAUGUCCUUAAGUUUUCAAAUAAACAUCUCAAG